AUGUUUAACGCCUUGUCUGGUCAAUACGAGCCUUUUCCGCGAGAGACCUCUGUUACUCCAAAUGUACUGAAAUGGUACGCGUGUGGCCCGACCGUGUACGAUAAGGCGCAUCUGGGACAUGCUCGAGCUUAUGUCAGUCAAGACAUUCUCCGUCGUGUGGCGGAGCGUACAGGGGGCUACAAGGUGCAGCUGGUCAUGGGCAUCACGGACGUAGAUGACAAGAUUAUCAAGCGAGCAAAGGAACAGAACGUGAGCUUCCAGACGCUCGCUAGAGAACAGGAGAUGCAGUUCCAUCAAGAUAUGACCAAGCUUUAUAUCAAGCCUCCAACGGUCAUCACCAGAGUCAGUGAACAUCUACCAGAAAUUGUGAAAUACAUUGAGGAAAUUCAGAAAAAAGGAUUUGCAUACGAGGCGACGGACGGCUCCGGAGUGUACUUUAGUACCCAAAAAUUGGGCAAAAGAUACGGCAAACUGGACCCGAGACGGCAGACGUUGGAGAAUGCAGAGAUGCAGGCUGAAGCGGUGGCGGCAGUGGAGGAGAGUCAAGCUGUGGAAGAAGAGGAAAAAGUAAAGAAAGACCCGAGAGAUUUUGCGCUGUGGAAAGCGGCGAAGGAGCCAGAUGAACCGGCGUGGCAAUCCCCGUGGGGAAUGGGAAGACCUGGGUGGCAUAUUGAAUGCUCGGCAAUGACACAUCAUGUGCUCGGGGAUAAAUUGGAUGUGCACACGGGUGGAGUGGAUCUGCGAUUUCCACACCACAACAAUGAGAUCGCACAGUGUGAAGCGCACAAUCAUGGAGUUCAAUGUGGGCAUGAUAAAGAGUGGUGCAAACAUUUUGUGCACUUUGGACACUUGUAUAUUCGCGGAAGGAAAAUGUCCAAGUCGCUGAAGAACUUUAUCUCGGUGAAGGAUUUCUUGGAAGAUGGGCACACAGCGGAUCAUUUUCGCCUAUUUUGUCUGCAGUUCAAAUACCGCACAAACUUGAUCUACUCGGAGGAUCGAAUACGAGAUGCAGUAGUAGUGGCAGAUCGUCUGAGAGGUUUUUUUCGAAGUGUUGUGGCGUACGGCGGUGAUCGUGACAUUUCUAGCAGCAAUGCUGUCAAGUCAAAACGCUGUGAGAAAAAAGACCUGGAAAUGUUGGACGCACUGUUCAUGACCCAAGCGCAGGUGGACAAAGUUUUAUUAGACGAUUUAGACACGCCACGUGCGCUAUUACUUAUAUUGGACCUGGUAUCACGCGGAAACACAUACUUGUUGACGCACAGAGGCGAUACGGAGGCUCCAAAUGAGGUGCUGAUCGCAUUGACUGAUUACGUGCUUGAGGUGCUGGACCUCUUUGGACUGGAGGGACUUCAUGCCGAGUUUUCAGCCAUGAUGUGCCGUCGAUUCGCUCUUUUGGGUCACAAACAGCUGAAUGAAAGUGAUAAUUUAGUUAGCAGGGACGAACAGGAGGCUCUGCUUCGUUCUUUGCUCAAAUUUCGUGCUGCAGUGCGAGAAGAAGCUCUGCGCGACCCUAAGGAUUUGAGCAACACUCGCGUCCUCGCCUUAUGUGACUCCUUGCGCAACGAGGAGCUGCCUCAGUUAGGUAUCCAAAUCGAGGACCUUGGACCAGGAAGCUCCGUGUUUAAAUUACUCUCGCUUGCAGAACGUGAAGCAUCUCAAAGAGCAGAACCAGUUGACAAGACAAUGAACGAAGAUGAUGAGGUAGCGCUAAGAUUAAGGAAGAAACAGCAGGAGCUCGAGAUGCUUAUGCAGAUCCCUCCCUCAGAGUUUUUCAAGGAAUCACCAGAGUUUGCCGGUCGAUUUGACACGUUUGAUGCCAAUGGAUUCCCAACGCUCGAGGAUGGCGAGUCUCUCAAGAAAAGUCAACGUAAGAAGCUUGCGAAGAAAUUGGCCAAACAUGAAAACUCAUAUGCGAAGUACUGGAAAACACGAGACAAUGGACAGUAG